AUGUCCUCCACACUCGCCCCGGAGGUAUUGUCCCCCGACAAUCCCAUCACAGACCAAACCAUCGCCGACCUUUACGCCAGGCUGCCCCCUGCCAUCGCUCCUCUGCCCUUAUGGCCGCCUCAAGGGAAAGACCUUGAAGACUACACUUCAAUAUUGCAAGGGAUGUGGGAAAUCUGGAAAGAUGUGGAAUAUAUGGAUGACUAUGCCCCGAAUGUUGACGAAGAGAGGUUCCCGCGCAAGGAUGUGCGGUGGGUAGAGAGGGGAGAGAGUGGGAAUGAAUCCGGCGCUUGGGCGUGGCAGUGCGAUGUCAGAGAUCAGACUCUGAAAACAUCUUCUGGCCUUUUGGAGGGAAAGACGGUAUGCUUGAAGGAUAACAUGACCCUCAAGGGCGUACCAUGUCUUAUCGGCACAUCUGUCAUUCAAGACUGGACUCCUAGUACAGAUGCGACUGUAGCUACACGUUUUCUUGAAGCUGGAGGUAUAAUCAAAGGGAAGGCAGUAUGCGAGAACCUGAGUUUAUGGGGUGCAUCGUGUUCUGCAGCGACCGGGCCGAUUCCAAACCCUCAUGCCGCUGAGUAUUCAGUCACCGGCUCGUCCUCGGGUACUUCCUUCCUAGUCGCCACAUCUGCAGUCGACUUUGGCUUGGGAGGAUGCCAAGGUGGGUCUGUCAGGAUGCCUGCCUCGGCCGCUGGUAUCGUGGGCCUGAAGCCUACGCACGGUUUGGUGCCCUAUACUGGAGUCGUCAGUAUUGAAGCUACCCUGGACCACGUCGGCCCCAUGACGCGAAAUGUCUUGGGCAAUGCUACGCUUCUCCAGGCUAUCGCCGGUGCAGAUGGGAUCGACGACCGUUCCACUGCUGGCUGCCCAUUCCCUUCCCAAGUCCCGGCUUAUCCAGAACUACUCAAGCAAGGUGUUUCGGGACUGCGUAUAGGGAUCAUCGAGGAGAGUCUGGAUAUGCCGUUGCACGACGAGCGGGUCAGUGAGCUAGUUGUCAAAGCUGCUGAAGCUCUUCGGGCGCAGGGUGCAACGGUGGAAAAAGUGAAUGUCCCUUUCCAUGUUGAAGCUCCAAAGCUCUGGGCGGCAAGUCGAUUCAGUGCUUCGAGGACGAUGCUAGGCCAAGCUACCGGUCGCCGCGGUCUCGCACUGAACGAAUACACUGAAAAGCUACUCCCUCUCACCCAAAAGAAAGUGGACAGUAUGCACUGCGGUGGAUAUAACGGCAUCAUGAACGGUCUUUGGGGAUGGGAAAACAAAUCACCAGCAAUUGUCGGUAAAGCUACAAACCUUAUCCGCAAGCUCAAAGACGACUACCUCGCCGCUUUAUCCAAGUACGAUGUCCUCAUCACGCCUACACUGCCCAUGCUCCCGCGCAAACUGCCAGCGAAGGAUGCAGGCGUGAAAGAGUUGAUGCAGAAUGCCGCUGGACUUACUGGGAAUACUUGUCCUUUCAACCUCACGGGUCAGCCUGCGCUGAGUUUCCCGGUGGGAAUCUUACCGACGCAGGAAGUCGAUGGAGCGAAGCUUCCUGUAGGGAUGCAGUUGGUGGGCAAGAUGUAUGACGAGGCCACGAUUUAUCGUGUUGCGUAUGCCUGGGAGACGGCAUAUGACUGGAAGACCUUUGAGUAG